UUACAUUACCCAAAUGUCUUAUGCGAAAAGUUAUCAAAAGAUUGACUGAACGUUAAAUUAUAGGUUACGACUAAUCAAUUUAAUAUGUCUAAAGCAAUUAACUAGUGAACAGUAAUUUCAGUUCUCACUCUCCUCUUCGGAAAUGGCGGCGAGCUAUGUAUGGAGAAAAUAUGCAGAUUAUUUGUACACAAAGUGGGAGAAAACCUAUCUAUGGGACAUGGUUGAACCUUACAGAAGACCUAAAUCCUUCACUCCUGUCGUUGCUACUUAUAUCGCUGCUUUCUACACUGGAGUUAUUGGCGCUGCCAUCACUGAACAACUCUACAAGGAAAAGUACUGGGAAGAGAACCCUGGGAAAGCAGUUCCUCUCAUGAAACCAAAGUUUUAUGGGGGACCAUGGAGAGUAAUGGGGGGUGAGAUUCCAAAAUACGAGUGAAAAGCUCUUGAGGCAUGUUUCAUGCUUAGUUCCAAUUCAUCACAUCUCACCACUGUUUAUAGUUAAGGACUGUUGGUGUCGAUGGAAAUUUUGCAAUGUAAUUUUCUGGCAAAACCCUUUAUCAUGUCAGAAUUGUUUUCUUUUCUCUUGGCUCAUGAUAUUGCUGAAGAAUAUAUAAUUUGAUUAUAAUGUAUAUGAA